CAUCUUUAUAAUUAAAGCUAUAUUCAGUCAUAUCAUAUACAAUAAAGCACAUGGGAAAAUCUCUGUCAGAGCAUGCUGCAGCUAAACCUUAUCAGGGUGUCAGAGUUAAAGACCCUGUCAAAGAACUGCUCCGGCGGAAGAGAGGACAUACAGCCAAAACAGCGCCCCCAACUGCAGUGGUGAUUCCUAACAAUGCUUUACCUCCAUGUGCAAAUCUUGGUUCUUCUGGUUUCAUGGGAAGCAACCAGAGUGCUCCAAAUGACUCAUCUGUGGAUGUUGGUACUCUAUGCCCUGGCUGGGUCGCCCAACCCAGCAGUUCAGCUGUUCUUCAGACCCUGGGUCACUGGGCUCCUCCUGAGUAUUUCCAACAUGAGCAGACCCUCUCUACCUAUUCCUCCCUCACCACCGACAUGUUUGUCCAGCCCGUGUGUCCCAGCUAUGCUGUGGUUGGGGCAUCCUCAGUGCUCACGCUGGCCCCUGCACCCCUCUUCACCAACCUUGGGACUAUAAACUCAUCCAGCUCAAGCUUGUCUCAGGUCGAUGCCCAAGACGGCUCACUGGCAUACAUUCCAUGGACUCAGUCCUUGUCUGCCUGCUCACAGACUGUGUCCAGCCCCCAACAGCAACCCAUGGUCGGGUCCUUAUCCAAACCAGAACCUGAAGUGGUGGAACCUUCUCUGGCACCUGAGGGCACCCUGGCUUUGGAGAAACUUCUGGAACAAGAGGAGAACCAGAAGGAGUCCUAUACCUGCAGUCCCACACUGUUUUCACAAGACAUUUAGGAUGUUUAGAUUCUCAUUUUGAGUAUGUUGAAAAUUCUAGCUGCUUUGUAAUAUAUGUGAUGUAGUUAUCAUGCCAUUAAAGCUCCGAAAUAUCUUUAGUGCUUUUGAAAUAGUCUAGUAUACUUGUCUAGGUAAAUGCUUUUCCAUUAUUACAUCC